AUCUGUCUGCCGGAUAUAGUGCAAUAUGUGGAAUAUCGCACUUGAAGGGACCGGAUACAUUGUAAAGGAUACAGCAGACCGGAUUGAAGACGUGUUCGCCGACCACAAACCAGAUUUGUCUCUCAACUACGAUGGGGGCCCCGGAAAGGACGCCUGGAUCGUGGAGGCGUUGGCGGCGAGGGGGAAGAAGAAGAACGGUGAUCGCUUUCGUCACAUCGCUAGGGUUGCGAUGGCCUGGAGCGUCGCGCUCGUUGAAGUCAAGGUCAAAUCGACCGAGGACCCAUUUGGACCCGAGGAGGGAUUCGACUGGCAGCGCGGGAGUCGAGAUUCCCGAGUGCAGAUACUGAAGUACGUCGCCGAAAUAUUCCUUCGACAACAUCGCGAAUCCUUCUGCAUGGUGUUCAUCGCCGGUAAACAAGCUCGUCUUACACGUUGGGAUCGCUGCGGCGUAGUUAUUACGAACGCUUUCGACUGGACCACCAACGUAGCUCCUCUGGUGAACUUUUUCUACAAAAUUGCUACGUCUUCUCGCGCAAUGCAAGGCUUCGACACUUCUUUCUCGUGGGCGACGGAGGCGGAGAAGACCGAGCUACUCCAGUACAAGGAUCACCUACGGGAACAAAGGGAUGCGCGCCGCCUGAAGUUCGUCGAGGCGAUGACCGAGAACCAAAACCUGUACCCGAUCUAUCGGUUAAACUGCACAGCUACAGUUGACGGACCUGAGCACUCGUUUGCCCACGAAGUCCACAAAGGAACCUUGACUCUCCUUGUUGGCAAGUAUCAUGCCUGUAACUACUCAUCCACGGGGCGUGGAACCAAGGGCUAUUUUGCAUAUGUGGUAGGCAAGAGGCGACUGGUGUUCCUCAAGCUCUCCUGGAGACCCGGGUGCAGCGAUAUUCCCCCUGAGCACGAGACUUACGAGAGGCUAUACGAGAAGAAAGUCGAGCAUAUACCUCAACUUCUCAGCGGCGAGGAUAUUUGUCACGUCUCUCAUCGGGGACUUGGCCGACGUUUGUCCACGCGAACUCAAGAAUUCCUACAGAGUCCGACGCCUUUGAGGAGCUUUGCCUACCGUUUGGUGAUCGAAAUUCUUGGUCUCCCAUUGGCUGAAUAUCGUAACUCCUUCGUCAUGGUCCGCGUGGUUUCCCACGCCGUUAUAGCUCACCGGCAAGCUUGGGAUGGGGCUGGCAUUCUUCAUCGCGACAUCAGUAGUGGUAAUAUCUUGAUCGAACUAGACUCAGCAGAUGACGAAAAGCCGAAUGGACUCCUGGGCGACUGGGAUCUGAGCAAGCUGAAGGAUGGACCCCAGAAGGCAACACAAAUUGGACGAUCAGGCACAUGGGCUUUCAUGUCUGGACUCUCGCUCCACUAUCCUUUGAAGCCGCAAGAAGUCUCCGAUGACUUGGAGUCUUUUGUCAACGUCAUCUACUUCAACACCCUUCGCUUUCACCACCACAAUAUGACUGGCCAGUUACACCGGGCUGCUGAUACGAAGACAGUUCAAUACAGCGAGCAACUGGCGAUGUUCGUCUCGACUUUCUUCUUGGAUGAAAGUAGAUACCAGUCGGUUAGAGGGACGCAUCGGACGGGCGGAAGAGCGAAGAUGUCUGCCUACAGUAUGGCCGAUCUACCAUUCGCUCUUACGGAUUCAACAGACGCAGGGGAUCGGACGAUGUUCGAGGUCGUACUCAAAGCGCUCCAUUCGCUCUGCUAUCUACACUAUCACUUUGUGGAUUUCGACGAACUGGAGCGCUACAGACCAGCCCCGCUGAAAGAUGAUCAGGCUGAGGCGCCUAAGUCGAAAAGGAACACGACUCUAAUCGAACAAUAUGCAACCAGGUUUUCCGCCAAUGGAAGCGAAAUCACAUCGAAACCUCCCUCUGACCCCCUUGCCACCCAUUCGCGUAUAGAGGAUAUUCUGACUGUCGCUGGAGACGACCCUGAACCCUGGAGCAGCAUUGACAAGACGCCUGACCAAUUUGAGCACUUGCCCACCCUGACCUUAGUUUCCGACAAGCAGCCAUCAUUCACCUUCUUUUCCGCACCCCGCGAGUCCUCUGCAUCCCAUCGUAUUCAUGCACCCCACGAGUCCUCUACAUUUCACCACCCUAUUGCGUCUCACAGCCCUGAUCAAGGCUCGAGGCGGAGACUCAGAGAGGAUGAAGAAGAAAUCCAAGGAAGCGCAAACAAAAAGGUAAAAUCCGCGUAGCGGCACGACACGUGACUACUGGAAACAGGGAAGGAGUUAAGGAGUAUGCGUCAGGUCUCCGUUCCCCGACUGUAUUUUGGUACGGCGCACAUCAGACAGCUUACCGAGCAGUGGGUCGCUACAGUGCAGCGCGAGCACUGGAAUAUCGUCAUGUUCUCGCCCAAGUCGGCAUAACCGCCACUAGUUCUCAUCUGCAGACACUAUGGGCUGGAGGACCUUUGUCGAUUCUUGGAAGAUCUUGCACAUCUCGUGUCCUCGCCCUUGUCCUCAUCAUUCAGCAGGGCAAGUGCAGAGGAAUGCUCCGUCUCAGAUGCUCCGUUGGACGCGGCAGCAACCUUCGCGAUGACGUUCGCAGGCUUCACGGCCAUGCAAGGGGAGGCACUGCGGGUACAUGCCGCCUGCCAUUCGGGAAAGAACUACAAGCCACGUAUUACGAUGCAAGUUGGGGACGUUGGCACGCGCAUACACUCACCAUACACUGGACCAAGCUUCGCUAUUCCUCUUCAGCCUCAGCCCGUCGUACCGGCAGGCAAGUGGUGGUUGAGCAUACCUCGCCGAUGUAGUACAAGGCUCCGCCCUCGCAAUACCUCAGUUGUUACGGAAGCUGCGCGAGCAUCCUGAAUGAAUUUCCCCGCUCGCAGGCGGGUGCAGCUUCACGCCGGUUACAGGCUCGGGUCUAUCAAAAGCAUGGCUUUCAAAAACGAUGCCUGCACGAGGAAGAGGCUUUUCGCGCGAGAGAUUGGGUGGAACGGUCGUGAGCUCAAGGUCGCCUUUAGUCGCCACGCAAGGACAGGGUACCGAGAAGGAGAGCGAGUAGCAACAUGUACAAAGGGCCCAGUAGUGCUAGUGGAGAUCGAUCGCGAGGUUAGGAUCUUUACUAACGCCUCAGCAGAAGGGUUAUCUCUCGCCGUCUGCAGCGACUUAGCCCUUCCUAGAUCUAUAUCCCAAAUGAAUCGUGAUGGUAUUAUAAUUAUGAAUAAAAA